GCACAGGUUCAGCUGAUGGACAGAGAUUGGCAAACCCAAGAGCAUCCAAUAAUGCUACGACUGUUAUAUAUAGCAGAACAGGGUAUUCGCAACAGAGUGAAGAUGAUGAACGCAGCCAGACAGUUGAAGACUCUGAGCUCCAUGUUGCAUGCAGAGAUGGGAGGGUGGCCUUCGUGAAGCACAUGUUGGAUCAGGCUCAAGUUGACAUUAACGUAAGAGGCAAAUCCGGCCGGACACCAGUGAUGACGGCAGCAGCAUUCGGACAAAAAGAAGUCUUCGAUCUUCUUGUGAGAAGAGGAGGGGACUUGUUAGUAGUAGAUGAUAAUGAGUACAAUAUUCUUCACGUGGCUUGUAUGGGAGGUGAUGUGGAAAUGGUGAAGUACAUCCUCUUACAAGACACUGUGGACGUCAAUAGAAGAGGUCAUUAUGGCAGGACAGCAAUGAUGAUGGCAGCUGAAUUUGGUCACGGAGAAUUGUUGGACUUCUUUAUGGAUAAAGGUGACAUAUCACUCGUUGAUAAUGAUUGUAACAACAUCCUCCAUGUGGCCUGUCUGGGAGGUAAUGUAGAUGUUGUGCAGAAUAUACUAUCACGAGACAUUGUGGACAUCAACAGUAGAGGGAAAUAUGACCGAACGCCAACGAUGAUGGCUGUAGGCGGCGGGUUUAGGGAUGUAUUUGAUUUACUUGUUGCUAAAGGAGCAGAUGUGUCAUUGAUGGAUAAUGAUGGCAACACAGUUCUUCAUGUACCCUUUAUAGGAGGACAUGCAGAGAUGGUGAAGUACGUCCUCUCACAGGUCAGUGUUGAAAUAAAUGGAAGGGGGCAGUAUGGAAGGACACCAUUGAUGAUGUCAGCUGUUAAAGGAAAUUGGAAAGCGUUUGAGGUACUAGUGAACAAAGGAUGUGACUUGUCACCAGUGGACAAUGGCGGAUACAACAUUCUUCACGUAGCGUGUCUUGGGGGCAGUUUUGAGGUAGUGAAAUACCUCGUAUCAAGAAAGAUAAUUGACAUUAAUAGUAGAGGUCAGUAUGGGCGGACGCCCGUGAUGAUAGCAGCAGAGACGGGUCAUAGAGAGGUACUUGAUCUGCUUAUGAAAGAAGGGGGUGAUUUGACGCAACUGGAUGAUGAUGGUGAGAACAUUUUGCACGUGGCCUGCAUGCGAGACCAUGUCGAGAUGGUGAAAUAUGUCAUUUCCCUACAUAUUGUUGAUAUCAAUAGUAGGGGAAGUUUCGGGAGAACACCAUUGAUGACCGCAGCAUCUGGUGGACAUCGCGACGCUUUUGAAAAGCUGGUAGAAAAUGGUGCUGAUAUGUCUCUGAAGGAUGAGGAUGGAGAAGACAUCCUCCAUAUUGCUUGUCUUGGGGAUAAUGUUGAUAUGGUGAAGCACAUCCUUCUACAGACCAGUGUAGACGUCAACAGUAAAGGACAGUAUGGGAGAACCCCGAUAAUGACCGCGGCUGCAAAGGGUCAUGGAAAGGCAUUUGACUUGCUCAGAUGGAAUGGAGCUGAUGUGUCACUAGCAGAUGACCAUGGCAACAACAUCCUUCAUUUGGCAUGCGUUGGUAACAGGGAAAAGAUGUUAAAGUAUAUCAUCUCACUGAACAUUAUUGACAUCAAUGCCAGAAACAAAUAUGGAUUAACAGCUGCAAUGAUAGCAAUAGAAAAAAAUAACCUUACUUUGUAUGAUCAUCUUGCCAUGCAGUCGGGAUUGUAACUUGUUGUUGCGUGACUAUUAGAGUGAGUGAGUGAGUUUGGUUUUACGCCGCUUUUAGCAAUAUUCCAGCAAUAUCACGGCGGGGGACACCAGAAAUGGGCUUCACACAUUGUACCCAUG